UGUAAGCACGACCCGUUUGCAUCCAUGCAUAGACAUGGAGGAGUGAAUCAGCUUGGGGGGGUUUUUGUGAAUGGACGGCCACUCCCGGAUGUAGUUCGCCAAAGGAUAGUGGAACUUGCUCAUCAAGGUGUCAGGCCCUGCGACAUCUCCAGGCAGCUUCGGGUCAGCCAUGGUUGUGUCAGCAAAAUUCUUGGCAGGUAUUAUGAGACGGGGAGCAUCAAGCCUGGGGUAAUUGGAGGAUCCAAACCAAAGGUCGCCACACCCAAAGUGGUGGAAAAAAUCGCUGAGUAUAAACGCCAAAAUCCUACCAUGUUUGCCUGGGAGAUCAGGGACCGGCUGCUGGCAGAACGGGUGUGUGACAAUGACACGGUGCCCAGUGUCAGUUCCAUCAACAGGAUCAUCCGGACAAAAGUACAGCAGCCGCCCAAUCAGCCGGUCCCAGCUUCCAGUCACAGUAUAGUGUCCACGGGCUCCGUGACGCAGGUGUCGUCGGUGAGCACGGACUCGGCAGGCUCCUCGUACUCCAUCAGCGGCAUCUUAGGCAUCACGUCCCCCAGCGCUGAAACCAACAAGCGCAAAAGAGAUGAAGGUAUUCAGGAGUCUCCAGUGCCGAAUGGUCACUCACUGCCUGGCAGAGAUUUUCUACGGAAGCAGAUGCGGGGAGACCUAUUCACGCAGCAGCAGUUGGAGGUGCUGGACCGUGUGUUUGAGAGGCAGCACUAUUCGGAUAUCUUCACCACCACGGAGCCCAUCAAGCCUGAGCAGACCACUGAGUAUUCAGCCAUGGCCUCACUCGCUGGAGGACUGGACGACAUGAAGGCCAACCUGACCAGCCCCACCCCCGCUGACAUUGGGAGCAGCGUGCCUGGGCCUCAGUCCUACCCCAUUGUGACAGGCCGUGACUUGGCGAGCACAACCCUCCCCGGGUACCCUCCACACGUCCCCCCCGCCGGACAGGGCAGCUACUCAGCACCGACGCUGACAGGGAUGGUGCCUGGGAGUGAGUUUUCUGGGAGCCCCUACAGCCACCCUCAGUAUCCCUCGUACAACGACUCCUGGAGGUUCCCCAACCCGGGGCUGCUCGGUUCCCCGUACUAUUACAGCGCUGCCGCCCGAGGAGCCGCGCCGCCUGCCGCUGCCACUGCCUACGACCGCCACUGACCCUCGGAGCCAGGCGGGUGCCAAGCACUUAAAACACAUAUCACUGAGGGCGAUAGCCUCCCAGUCCCUCUGACGACAGCAAGAGGGGUCCAACGAGACCAUCCCCCAGGCAUCCCCAACUCGCUGAAAUUCCCUCCCCCCUUUUCCUGCCAGGGACUCUGGGGUUCUAUGGUAGGGCUGUUGGACUUCUAGACACAUCUGUUUCUAAGAGUCAAUCGAGCUUCUCCCAGUGGCAGCUGGGUCUCUGCAGUCAACUGCAGCUGCAGCCCCAGCCCUUCCUGCCAGCCCCCAGCUAUCUGACCACCCACCUGUCUUCCCCGCCCCAGGCCUGGGAAAGACAGCUUGCUUUGGUUGCUUCAACAGCACCCAUGUAAAUACCUUCCUGCUUUUUGGUGGGCCCUAAGGUCCAAAGAAGCAGACUGCCCACGUAUCACGCAUCCUGCACUCCCGAUGCAUCCCAGAACAUCUGAGACCUGUGUGCAGAGCUCCCCCUCUGCCCUGGGGCCCCCAUAGGUGGGCUUGAAGCUGUCCUUGAGACAGGAUGCCCACCUCGGGGCCCCAGCCUCCUGCUCAUUAUUACUUCUUUAAUGUUUUGACCUGGAGUAUCACAGGGCUGGUUAUGCUUCAAGCUCCCCCCACCUGACCCUGCCACCUGACCAGACCCUUCCCCAGGAGAAACACAUUUUGGGGAGAUAUCCUGGCUUCCCACCUCCAUUUCCCUGGGCUCAAUGCAGUGCAAGCAGCUCUUUUCUGCAUCAAAGGAUUCAAAGAGAACUUUCUGGGAAAUUCCUCAGCCACUGUUCUAAAGUAAGAUGUCGUCCAAGGUGUUGAUUGCAUCAUGGACUUUGAACAUUAGGGCUGAAUGAGAUCCAGGAGACCACAGUCUAAGGCAGGACCCAAGGCUCUCCUGACUCCUCAGCCUUGGAACCACUGAACUGAACUGGGAUGUGUUUCACGGAGGCGUGCCCAGGCUCAGAUCACUCUGGACAUCCACACGGACACUUUCCCAAACCUCAGCACCCUAGAAGCGGACUCUGUCAUGUAGACAAUGAGUAACAAAAAGGACUAUCCCUGCACUGAAGACCACAGACACCUCCAACAAUCAGCCCGGACUUCCUGAGCAGCCUUUUCCUUGUGGAGCCUACUAGCACAUGGCUGGGAAGGGAAGUGUAGGUGGGCCUGACUCCCACAGUGGGUAUCUACCUGUUGACACAAGGGGGUGAGAUGGUCAGGGCUGUGGCUUAGGGAGCUUAGAGAACUCCCUGUGAGCUAGAGUGGUCAGGAGAAAUCACCUGGGAAGAUAUGGGGACAGAGGAAGGCCCGCUGGCAGAGAAGGACAGACAGGCAUGAGGAGCUGAUGUGUGAACCGGGAGUGGUGCUGGAUGGGGUACUGAGGGCCACCAUCUCUCUGCCCGUGGCCUCAAUUCCUAGCAUGAUCUCUUGCCAGGUCAAGAUGGCCAGGUGGGGACUCCCUCUGAAACUGGACUGACCUACAGCGAUGACAAUGGACUUCGCCAUUUCAUCUAACAGUGUCCCCAAUGUCUGUCUGUCGCCAGGCUGGCAGAGAGCUGGGGCUGAGCGAACCCACACCACCCGAGGUUACCAGGCCUGAGAAGUCUUGUCCUGGCCAUGCCUCUGUCUUGCUACGGCACCUCAGACAAGACCCCGCACCUUGCUGAGCCAUGACAGGGGUCACUGACAGCUCUCUCCUUCCCUUCCUCUCUGGUCUAUGACAGGGUCAUCUGAGCAAGCAUAUAGGAGUGGAAACCUCAGUCCUCAGAAUAUUUGAACCAAAUAGGAAACAAGACACCCAAAGGGGUAGGAAUCAGCCUUGAAGAAGACCUAAUCCAUUUCCCCUUGGGAAACCGAGACCCGGUGAGGAAGCCUAGGACCAUCCAGAGAGAAAAUAGCAUACUCCACCGCUUCUCACCA